AUCAGUUUCACCGAUUGCUGAAGAGAUUCUACGUGAGAAAAAUGAAGUUCCUAAUCGCUGUAUUCUUAUUGGCCCUCGCUGCGAUCUCCUCCUCCAAUGUGUUAUCAAUAACAAGGAAUAACCUCAACAUUGGUGUAAUUCGGCCAGGAGACCGACUGCUUCGAAGUGCGUCGGUGUACAGGCCUCCCAGACCGAACGCUGUGCAGUAUGAAGACUUUGUAUUCAACGGGAACCGUAAUACCCUCAUAUCAUCUAUUAAUGCUACUGAAGUAGGCGCUCGUCAGUUACCCACCGCGUACAUUUUGCGUGGCGGUUUGGGCGCCAACAACGUGACCAUAAGGAUACAAUCAGCGAUAGGACGCGGAUACAAUUACUCGAUUCGAAUUUAUGGACGCUAAAUAAUUUGAUAUCACUCCACUGGUGACAAGAGGGCUGGGGCAUUUUUUGCCCAGAGAAUCGCCAUAGCGCUUCAACGGGGAAAUGCUGUCAGCAUUCUUGAUACCAUUCCACGCAGACAUGAUUCAUAUCGCAACUACCUAUUUUAUACUUAAAUCUUAAUUUGUGAAUUUUAAAAACUGUGUAAUAUUUUAAAAUAAAAAAAGAAAAAUAUUAA